ACCCAUUGGAGACACAUCUCCUUGGGAGGUUAUUCAUCCUCAGGACUGAUCAUCAAACCCUGAGAUGGAUGAGAACUCAGCCAGAACUCUCAAAUGCUCUCAAGCGUUGGAUCGAAGUCAUUGAGCAGUACGACUUUGACCCUCACUAUCUGAAAGGGGAGUACAACAAGGUUGCUGAUGCCUUGUCGCGUAGACCUGAAUUCUAUGGUGCGCUGAUUACUGAGUUUGAUCUGAUGGACAAUGUUACUCAGUCCUUGGUGGAGGCCUAUCGGGAGGACCAGUUCAUGUCUGAGAUCAUACAUAGAUUUCAGGCGAAGGACAAGAAGACCUAUGUCGAGUUUGAGUUGGUCAAUGACAUGCUGUUCCUUGAGAAGGCAGGGAAUAAACGAUUGUGUGUUCCUAAUAGCGAGUCUUUGCGUAGUUUAUUUUUAGGUGAGUGUCAUGAUGCCACCAGCCAUUUUGGGUACAAGAAGACCGCAGCUAAUCUGGUGCAGCGGUUUUGGUGGCCCACGAUGAUGCGAGAUGCCGAGCCGUACGUGGAGACUUGUCAAGUCUGUCAGAGGGACAAGCCACGAACACAGGCUCCUCUUAGGCUUUUGAAGCCCCUUCCGAUUCCGGAAAGGCCUGGUGAGAACUUGUCCAUGGAUUUCAUGGAUACGCUGAUCACCAGCAAGAGUGGGAUGAGACACAUCUUCGUUAUCGUGGAUAGAUUUAGCAAGUAUGCUAGAUUAAUAGCAAUGCCGGAAACAGCACGAACGAAGUAUGUAAUCAGAAUGUUCAAAGAGAACUGGGUCAGGGAUUUUGGUUUACCGAAGUCCAUUAUCAGUGACAGGGAUGUCCGAUUUACAAGCGAAUUGUGGAAGGCCGCUGCUGCAGAGCAGGGAACUCAGUUGCAAAUGACUUCUGGGAAUCACCUAGAGGCCAACGGCCAGGCCGAGCAACUGAAUCGCGUUGUACAACAUCUGUUGAGGCAUUACAUCAAGCCGAACCAGGUGGACUGGGAUGAGAAACUUGCUCUCAUCACCAGCAUGUACAACAAUGUUGUACACAUCACCAUUGGGGUGAGCCCGAACAGUUUGCUAUCGACUUUCAAGCCUAGACUACCCUUAGACUUUCUCCUUCCUGAGAAUCACUCAACUGCUGCACCGGGUACUUUAGAGUUCGCCUACAGAUAUGAACAGAAGAUGCAGCAGGCGAUAGAACAGAUGCAGAAGGCACAGACAACAAUGAUAGAGUCUGAGAAUAGACACCGUUUCAGGUUGGGGACAGAGUUUGGGUAAAGUCCUCAGAACUAGGACAGGAGUACGGGAUUUCCCGUAAACUCAUGCCACAGAGCUUUGGGCCAUGGGAAGUCUUAGAUAUCGUCGGGACUGAUCCCGAUGGACCAUCCUAUGUCAUCCGGAUCCCAGGUCAUCUUCGUACUUACCCUGUCUUUCACGCCUCCAAGCUGGCACCUUUCAAAGAAACAAAUCAGUUUCCAUCUC